CAUGGUGCCGCCGCGGCCAGCAGGUUUCCAAGCAGGGAUUCGGGUAGCAGGAAGGCUUUGGGGGAUGACUGAAGCUAUCACCUUGCUAAUCCUUGCUGUCCAAACUGGCCUCAUUGAGCUGCAGGUCAUCCACAGAGCCUUCCUCCUCUCUAUCGUCCUCUUUAUUGUUGCUGCUUCCAUCCUGCAGUCCAUGCUGGAGAUAGCUGAUCCUAUAGUCCUAGCCCUGGGAGCAUCUAGAGGAGUUUGUGGAAGCACUUCCGUGCAGUUUCUCUCUGUCUCUUCCUGCUGAUCUUUCCAGCGUACAUGGCUUAUAUGAUCUGCCAGUUCUUCCACAUGGACUUCUGGCUUCUCAUCAUCAUCUCCUCCUCAAUCCUCACCUCUCUCCAGGUUGCGGUGUGCGUGGUGUGCUAUGGUGUAUCAGAGACUGUAUUUGGCGAGUGGAGUGUGAUGGGAAGCACCAUCAUCUUGGUCCACUCGUACUAUAACGUCUGGCUCAGAGCCCAGCUGGGCUGGCAGAGCUUCCUGCUCAGGAGAGAUGCUGUAAACAAGAUAAAAAGCCUCCCUACAGCUAGCAAUACACAGCUGGAGCAGUAUAAUGACAUCUGUGCUAUCUGCUUCCAGGACAUGACCAGUGCUGUGUUCACUCCGUGCAGUCAUUUCUUCCACGCUGGCUGUCUGAUGCCCUCUCUGUCGUUCACAACCAAGAGCCAAUCACCAACUAACGGUGGAGCUACCCGAGGUACACCUGCAGCCAAUCAGAACCCUGCAGGACAGGAAGAAGGCACUCUACUGGAUGACAGGAAAGAGGGAGCGUCAGUAGAGCAGGAGGGAGAUAAUGAAACUGCCACAUCAGCUGGGGAAACCUCCUCUUCCACCUCCCCACUGGCAU